GCCACGUCGUCGUUUCCGUGGUUCUUGUCGCGACGAAAAACCCUUCGAGGCCCAUAUUUCACAUAAACCUCUGCUUACUGCGGUGCAGCUGCGAAUUCCAUCCCCACCCCCGGUUCAAUUACUCAUUUACUCUAUACCCUGUCUCGGGCCUUGACCAGCAACACAGAAACCAAACAUCGGCUAUAGAAACGUAAUCUCUCAUUUGUCUUAGUCGAGCCGGCACGGAAUAAAGGGUUCCGGUACGGGGCUUUAACUUGCCUGUAAAACAGUGGGACAAUUGAGAGAUAACUUAGCUUCGUCGUUCAGAAUCUGUUGUAGCAAAAUUAUCCACCUUUGCAGUUCUCUUCAUCUAGGAGAGGGGAGAGAGAGAGAGAGACCUUUCAGCUUUCUGCAAUCAAAUUUGUGCAGAGUAUGUCGGAAGGAGAGUAUGACAACAGCAGCGGCGAUCCUUCAGAGAAACUAAGGACUCUGAAAAUCACCAGUCUUGACGAGGAAGAAGAUGAAGAGGAUGCUCCCAUGGUUGAUGAUGUUUAUGAGGAGGAGGACGACGACGAGGAGGAGGAGGAAGGUGAAGAGCCGGUGUCCUUGGGCUUUGUGGAGAGCCCUAAACAUUCGUGGUCGCUAUCUCGGGAGUUGUUUCCUAGUGUAGCUGGUGGUACUCCUGCAUGGUUGGAUCCGACAAAUUUACCCAGCGGGAGGUCUUGCCUUUGUGACUUUUGCGCCCAACCUUUGCAGUUUCUGCUUCAGGUUUAUGCACCUCUUUUACACAAGGAGUCAACAUUCCACCGCACCUUAUUUGUUUUCAUUUGUCCAUCUAUGUCUUGUCUUCUUAAAGACCAACAUGAUCAAUGGAAACGGCAGCCCGAGAAGGCAUUUCGAAGUGUGAAGGUCUUCCGUUGCCAAUUGCCUCGUUUCAACUCGUUUUACUCUAGUGAGCCUCCAAGACAUGAUGGUAGUGACAGACGUACUAGAAAUGGAGCCAUACUCUGUAGCUGGUGCGGUACAUGGAGAGGAGAUAAAAUUUGUAGUAAUUGCAGAAUAGCGCGUUACUGCUCUGAGAAACACCAGACAGCACACUGGCGUUCAGGUCAUAAAAUUGAGUGCCGACAGCCCUAUAUGGCACCAGUGGCUUCUGCAUCAACCAUUAGUGACUUACCUGCAGAAACACAAAAAGGUACUAUAGACUGGCAAAAACCAAACCACUAUGGCCCAUAUCAAGUGGCCGGCCAUCAAAAAUGGAUAUUCCAAGGUGCAACUAUUGUGGUGGGCCUCGAGCUUGUGAAUUCCAGGUAUUGCCGCAACUACUAUAUUACUUUGGAAUUGAAAAUCAUGCAGAUUCUCUUGAUUGGGCAACUAUUGUGGUGUAUACGUGCGAAGCCUCGUGUGAGAAUAGAGUUGUUUACAAGGAAGAAUUUGCCUGGGUUCAGCUUUUAUCUCAAUCAGCUGCAACAUUGUGAUAAAUGUUAUGAUCCUCCCGUUUUUUCUUGUUAUCUGUGUUUCCGUUUCUGUGUGAAUCAGAGAGAAACAACCAUUUUUUUUCCUUGGUGCACUUUUUUGCUUUCGCCACAGGGAAUUAGCAAAGACGCGAGAUUUAUGAACCAUUGUGUGUCUGCAUGAGAUGGUGCAACGUGGAUCUAAAUGCAGUUGCUGCAUACCUGAUCAGGGUCUCCACCUUCGAAGGGAUUAAGAGUGUGAUAAAAAAGACCACUAAAACAGUGCGGUGAGAAAAACCGUUGUCUUUUUCUUUUUCUUUUUUUUUUUUCCGGUGCUCAACAAAAAGCAAGCCUUACGAGCAUCCGGAUUCAGGAAUGUUACCUUAGAUUUGUCAACUAAUUGAUCCCGUCGGGUGUGAAUUGUGUGAUGACAAUAAUGUUUUCCAAUGAUAAUCUCGCUGCAGAGAUGAGGUUCGUUCA